UUAAACUGUAAAUCCAAAAACCUUACUUACUUUAUUGAAUGUAAAAAAUGCGGCAAACAAUACAUUGGGGAAACCAAGCGUCAUCUCCACAAACGUUUUGGGGAGCAUAGCCGCUCCAUCUUCGACUAUAGCCACUUUUCUAAUUCUACUCCUGUCUUUGAACAUUUUAAUCAGGCCGAUCACUCUAUCAACGACGUCCUUCUUAUUCUCCUAGAACUAAUCCGCAGCAACUGUGACUCUGUCAGAAAGGCACGCGAGGCUCACCUCAUCCACAAAGCUAUGACAUUAGAACCCUGUGGUAUAAAUAGACAUUAG